AUGACUACCACGGUAACGACAACCGCCCCAGAGAGCUACAAGCUCGAGCUCAUGUCCGCCUACGGCCCCGUCUACCGUGACGUUCUCAAGACCCCGCCCCGAGACUGCAACGCCUCCGAGGUCCCCGUCAUCGACCUCUCCAAUAUCCGCGGCACAGAGGCCGAGCGCAAAGCCCUCGCCGCCACCAUCCGCGACGCGGCCGAGAACACGGGCUUCUUCUACAUUAAGAACCAUGGCAUCCCCAAGGCCACCAUAGACGCGGCCUUCACGCAGGCGCAGGCCUUCUUUUCGCAGACCAACGAGCAAAAGGCUCUGGUGACGCAGAAGAAGUCCAGAUUCUUCAACGGGUGGACCGAGAAGCGCGCUGCGCAGAUCUCGCCGACGGAGACCAAGGACCACCGCGAGGGUUUUAGUUUCCGGUAUGAUCCGCGGUAUGACCCCGAGACCAAGGACCCGGAUGCCGUGCCGGAGGAGGUGAAGCCGUGGAUGAAGCAUGAGGAGUUUGUGUGGGAAGGGACGAGCCAUCUGUCGGGGUUCAAGGAGGAUAUGAUUACGUAUUGGCAGGGCUGUCUGACGCUCGCAAGGAGCUUGAUCCGGGCCUUUGCACUGGCUUUGGAUGUGCCAGAAAACUACUUUGACGAUGUCGUUACGUAUCCUGGCAGUGAUAGCGUCUGCAACUACUACCCAAAGAACACGGAAGCGCAAGACGCCACGAUCGACGUCGGCCUGGGCGCCCAUACUGACCUGCAGUGCUUCACCCUUCUUUGGCAAGACAGCGUCGGCGGGUUGCAGGUGCUCACAAAAGACGGGCAGUGGAUCAAGGUGCCGCCCGUCCCCGACACCUUCGUCAUCAAUAUUGGCGACUUUUUGCAGCGCUUAUCCAACGACCGGUUCAAGUCGACGGUGCACCGGGUCUUCAACUACGCCCCCGAAGACCGGUAUUCCAUGCCCUUCUUCUUUGGAUUCAACCACAACGAACAGUGCUCCGUGCUUCCCACGUGCACGGAUGAGAAGAAUCCGCCCAAAUAUGAGCCGAUCUCUUGCGGCGACUGGUGCCGUUUGCGAUUUGAGCGGACAUAUGAGUUUUCGAGGUCAAAAGACUCCAAAUGA